CAAUAUUUUUGGUGUCUUUCAACUGGUCUGAUGCAGUCACAAAUUCCUGUGCAAAUGGUGUCACACUGGCAGGUAUACAUGUGCCAGUGUGCAUUAUGGGAUUGUUUUUUUAUCAGUACGUCACAGUCCUUUGAUGUCGUAGGUGUCUCCAAGCAAAGCAUACGUGAACGGAUUUGGGACUAUAUGGAAUCCCAUGAUAUAGCUGACUUUCCCCGUCCUGUCCAUCACAGGAUCCCCAACUUCAAGGGGUCCUAUCUGGCUGGCCAGAGCAUCAGAGACCUGGAAGUCUUUGCUGGGACACAGGAAGUGAAAGUGGACCCUGAUAAGCCCUUGGAAGGUGUCCGCUUGCUGGCACUGCAGAGCAAAAAAACACUGCUGGUCCCAACACCAAGACUGAGAACAGGGCUGUUUAACAAGAUCAUACCACCUCCUGGAGCCACCAAAGACAUACUGAGGAAAUGUGCCACCUCCCAGGGUGUGCGGAACUUCAGCGUCCCGGUGGGCUUGGAUUCCAGUGUCCGCGUGGAUUUAGUUGUGGUGGGAUCCGUUGCUGUCUCUGAGAAAGGCUGGCGAAUUGGGAAGGGAGAAGGGUACGCUGAUCUUGAAUAUGCCAUGAUGGUGUCGAUGGGAGCCGUCCACGAGGGGACACCAGUCGUCACAAUCGUCCACGACUGCCAGGUCGUUGACAUCCCCAAGGCGCUGCUGGAGGACCAUGACCUCACAGUUGACUACAUCCUCACUCCCACCAGGGUCAUCACUACAGGCUGUGCACGCCCAAAGCCAACAGGCAUCAUGUGGUCCAAGGUCAGCUGUGAGAUGCUUACGAAAAUCCCGGUGCUCAGGAGCCUCCGUGAGCGAGAGAAACGGGCUGGGAAGGAUGUCACUCUUCAGACCGAGCCUGGCAGCCAGCAGCCAGCUCCAGGCACUGUCAGAAAACCCCAGGAUAGACCACAAGCAGGUUUCCAAGGAACGUCCCAUAGUCCCCUGCAGGGGAUGGACACCCAACCAGCUGCCACUGUGUGUGUGGGAAACCUACCCUACAAUACUCGUGUGCGUGAGCUGAAGGGAGCCCUCCAGGAGCUGGGGGCAGUGCCCCUGAGGCUUACCUGGCAGGGGCCACAGCACAGGGCAGUUCUACACUAUACAGACUCAGCUGCUGCCCAGCAGGCUGCCUCUCUCCUGCAGGGCCUACGUCUGGGUGCUAACACCUUGAGGGUGUCACUAGGACAGCAGAGGGAUAUGUGACCUGGGGAGCAUCCCCCAUCAGGAGAGUCAUGCCCUUUCUGUUGCUGGUAUGUGUCUGCUGUGUGACAGUUUGCCAUUGGUGAUGACCUGCUGCUGUGUGAAGCACCUGCUCUGUUCUUCCUGGGAAGAGACUGUGCUUCUCUAGUGAUAGCAAACAGCACAGGAUGUCAGGACACCCAGGAUGCUGCAAGCUCCGGCUCAUUCCAGUUGUGGUUCUUGUGAAGUCCACAUGACCUUCUCUGGGUGCAGAAGGUUCAGGGCAGAGCAGCCCAGACAAGAGGUAGACAAUGGAGACCUGUUUUGGGGUGUUUGAGGAAGAGAGCAGAGACCUGCAGAGAAGAGGCCCUGCAUAGCAGGACCGAGGGCAUACAGCAGAACCGGGUGUCCUUGUGACUACUGGAGAACCCGCAGCCCAGCAGAACGGGAGUGGGAAGGGCGGGGCUUCUGCACGAAGAACAUAAACCUCGAGUUCUGUCCUUGGAAACCCUGUGUUGUGGGCGUGCGUGGUGACAUCUACCCAGGCUGCUUAGGGCCAUACCGUCUGUUAGGUGAGAAUGUGAGGAACAUGGUGGCUGCCUGUGCUCUCCCAGAAGCACUUGUGCCAUUGAUCCUAAGGAAAAACAAGCAUUUAGGUGGAGGGUUCAUUCUGUUCAAAUCUGUAUGCCUGGCAAGUUUCUUGUUUUUAACCAAUGGGUCUUCCACAGUGUCUGUUACCAUUGUCCUCUGCCCCAGAAGGGCAGACCUCGCUCAUAUUAAAGGGAAAGAACUUA